AUGACCGACGGCAUGAAAUCGCGCUUCUUCCGGCACUACCUGGCCAUGACGGCCUCGUACCCCUCGACUGACCAGCAAAGUUGGUCGAGCUGGAUUACAGACCUCGCCGUGACAGAUCAUACUCUUAUGGACGCUGUUCUCGGGUUUGCGGCGUUUCACCUCCGACGGUCCGCGGCGAGGGUGGAUGACAGCAGCAGCAGUAGUACUUAUGCAGCAGCAGUGUCGGAGGCCUCGCAUGCUUACAUGGCGAGGGCUAUCGAGGCGCAUUCGAGACAAAUUGUGCGCGAGGGGAUCAACGCGCAGAAUGCUCCCGUCGUGAUGGCGACGUGUACUAUCAUCAUGUUCCACACCAGCGCGAACCAGUCGUUUCUCGAUAGCAACGGUAGCGGAUCGGAUGCGGGAGAUGGGACGGGGGCGGGGUCGCGGGUCCCGCAUCACUGGUUCACGCCCUUUCGGAACGUCAACGCGCUAUUAAAGGUCGCUUUGCCCGGGAUCCGGAAUAGUAGGAUAGGCCACCUCUAUAAACCAGAGCGGCAGACCUCAUCACAGCAAAACGAGACGCCGAGGCCAGCAAAGCCGGGGGCGUUUGACUUCCUGCUAGAAGACCUCGAUGAAGAAAAGACAGAGCCGGAGACGUUGGAAGCGUAUCGUAUUGCUGUCGACCGUCUCGAUAAGAUCCAGAGUUCGGCUCUGCAGCGUGAUCUGCUGCGGUUCCCUGCGCACGUCCCGCCGCGGUUCGUCGAGUUGUUGGAGGCGCAGGACCCGAGGACGUUGGCUAUCGUCGGGUACUUCUUUAUGCUGUUGAGGAGGGCGACGCAUUUGUGGUGGGCGCAGGGUGCGGCGGAGAGGGAGUUUGAUGGGGUGAUGAGGUUCUUGCCGAGGGAGUGGUGGCCGAAGAUGACGUUGGCUGUUGAGGAGUUUGAGUGGGUUGAGAGUUGA